CGUCAGUCAUUUUGUUGAAAAUGCUAGAAUGUCAAAAUAGAUUUUUCGUAUUAAUUUUAUCCACGUUAUCGUUAGUUUGCAACGAUGUUUAUUUAAUAGUAUAAGUAAAACUUUGAUCUUCGUGUGCGCGUGAAUGUGUGUUACUGAAGCUUUCAGGCGGUGUGUUAGUUUUUGUUGAAAGCGAGCCUCUAGCAGUAUCACGCAAGGUUGUACUCUUGUUCCAAGUUUCAUUGUUCUACCACUGUGUUUAAAUUCUAGUUUUAGCGUUACAGGGACUGUGAGUAUCACGUAAAAUUACAGACCUACUUUUCAUCCAGGCAUGUUCUUGUGACAGAACAAACUAUAUAGCUUUUAGAAGUAAGAUAACCAAACAUGUGGCAAAAUCAGGUUAUAAACAAUACCCAGAACAAAGAAAACCAAACCCAACGCAACUAUGAACGGAUCACUACUUUGGGUAUGACUUCAGCCAUCUCUGCUGCACACCCCAAACCGUCUGAUCUCACAAAAACUAAGGAAUUAGAGGAGUCUUUGAAGCCAUUCGAUGUGUUUGAAUCAGAACAAGAGAUGAACCAGCGUAUGGUGAUACUUGGGAAAUUAUACAACUUAGUGAAACAGUGGAUCAAAGAUGUAUCCGUCAGAAAUAAUAUGCCCGAAAAUGUUGCUGACAAUGUUGGAGGAAAGGUUUAUACAUUUGGAAGCUAUAGAUUAGGGGUUCACAAUAAAGGUGCUGACAUUGAUGCUCUAUGUGUAGCUCCUAGGCACAUUUAUAGAGAAGAUUUUUUCACAUCCUUCUAUGAGUUAUUGAAGCAACAGCCAGAAGUUACAGAUCUUAGAUCUGUAGAAGAAGCUUUUGUACCAGUAAUAAAAAUGAACUUCGAUGGGAUAGAAAUUGAUAUGCUGUUUGCAAGAUUGUUAUUAAAAGAAAUACCAGACUCUAUGGAUCUUCAGGACGAUCUGUUACUGAAAAACCUGGACCAGAAGUGUGUACGAAGCUUGAAUGGGUGCAGAGUUACAGACGAGAUAUUGAGGCUUGUUCCUAACAUAGAUAAUUUCAGGCUAGCCUUGAGGACCAUCAAAUUAUGGGCAAAAAGACAUGGUAUCUACAGCAAUGUUUUGGGUUACCUUGGUGGUGUUUCUUGGGCAAUGUUGGUAGCCAGAACAUGCCAGCUAUAUCCUAACGCAGCACCUGCAGUUUUGGUUCACAAAUUUUUCCUGAUAUUCUCAAAAUGGCAAUGGCCACAACCUGUUUUACUCAAACAACCAUCAAAUGUCAAUCUUGGAUUCAUUGUUUGGGAUCCCAGGGUGAACAUUCAAGACAGAUAUCAUUUAAUGCCCAUAAUUACUCCGGCAUAUCCUCAACAAAACUCAACAUUUAAUGUAUCAAUGUCAACAAGAACUAUCAUGGUAGAGGAAUUCAAACAAGGACUCUCGGUGACAGAUGACAUUAUGCUUGGCAAAUGCCCAUGGGACAAAUUAUUUGAGUCGCCGCCAUUUUUCCUAAAGUACAGGCAUUUCAUUGUGAUAUUAGUUAUGUCCAAGAACUCCGAUGAUCAUCUUGAAUGGUGUGGCUUGGUCGAAAGCAAAGUUAGGCUUCUUAUAACGAAUCUGGAAAGGAACCAAUUCAUAUCACUAGCUCACAUAAAUCCAGAGAGAUAUGAAAUGUUAGAGGCACAGAAAGAAGCAGAUACUCAUUGCUCCAUGUGGUUCAUUGGUCUUGAAUUCUCAAAAACUGAAAGUGUCAGUGUUAAUUUGACAAGGGAAAUUCAGAUUUUCACAGAGAAAGUUGAUAACCAUGCUAAUGAUUGUAACCUGUUGAAAGUUGGUAUGAGCUUAGAUGUCAGGUAUGUCAAAAGGAAACAGCUCCAUCAGUACCUACCACCUGGGCUGAUAAAGAGAGAGAGGAAAUCUAGUGGGGCAGGAAGUAAAUUCAGCCAACCAGAAAUCAGGAAAAGACAAUCUAGUGAACCAAUUCAAGAGGGAGAUACUCCAACUAAGAAGACUAGGUUAUCGGAACCAUCAUUCGACGAGAGUUCCAACACAUCGCUGACAAACGAUUCCAACAGCAACGUGAGCCUAGCCGAAUCCGAGGGUAACCUGAGCACAAGCGCAGCCUCAACGACGUCGCUGCUCUCCCCUCCACCGCCUUCAGCGGCCUCGCUGCCUGGCCCCUCGCCCGCCCCGACAGCUCCCGCCCCGCAGGAGGCGGUCUGCACUUGACCACGCCCAUCUUCGCAUCCCGCCGCAGCGGCGACGAUGUGUUAGGGCGGUACUUAGUGAGAUUGCGAUGUAAGUCGUAUGCGUGAGAUUAUGCGGUUCCUAGGUGUGGCUUUUGUUGUUUAAGUCGUCGGUUUCUGACCCCGAGGUUUUUCUCUUUUGAUUCUUAUUAAAUCGUUGAUAUAGAAUAAAAAUAUAAUCGGGCCUAAUAACCGACUUCGUAUUUCUUAGCAGUGCAAUCGAAGCAAUACGUAUCACAAACAGAAGCCGCACCUUGCCAUAUUUUCAACGGCUGAAAUUUCAUAGUCGUUUGCAGUUUUAAUUUUCAGGCAUAGCAACGUGUUUGGUCCAACAGUGUUCGCCGGUUCUGCGUGUAGCACUCACAUUCAAGACACGUACGUAUCUAAAUGUAUUUUGGAAAAGUUUUAAAGCAAUCAUCUACAUACACACUCGAUGCUUACACUGAACAAAAUCGUUCGUAAUUUUGCCUGAGUCGUUAUUUUCGUUUUCCAAAGUGAUGCGUUUCGAACACGUUAUGCUUUUCAUUUGCAAUGCGUGUAUUAUAUAAUCUUAUUGAUUUGAAGUUCUUCAUUAUCUGACAUGGUAACCAAAUUUUACGCGAAUUUAAACAUUACAUUUUUAACUUUAAAUGUUUAAUAUUGACUGUUCGAAAACUUGCACAAGUUGAGCAGUACAACUUCAGAUCCUAGUCACAUGACUACUCGUACACAUAAAUCGGUCAUUUCAAAGAUUCCUUUUUUUCACAAUGACAAAAAUUACAGAGUAAGUGGUGCAUAGGAAUCUGGGUACUUCACAGAGGUGUUUUGCUAUAAGUUGACCCCCUCUAACUUUUAAGUAUGACUGUUUACAAUACAAAAACUGGGUCUAAUGUGAGGUUUCACGUGCGAUAUAUAAUUAUUUUAAAUAGGGUGCUAUCGAAUCAUAUUGUAUUUUCUCAAAAAUCAAAAUUUUGUGUCAUUUAUUUAUCUGUAUCCGGGAUCAAACGACAUGGCAUAGGGCUGGAUACAUAUAAUGAAUGAAGAUGAAAAUGACAAUUGGACCCAUUCCAGUCCUAGAAAAACAGCCCCAAACCAUGAUGUUGCCUCCACGGUGCUUAACUGUUGGCAACUGAUACUUUUUGUUGAAUCUUUUCUUGCACUGGACGCCUUCCAAAAAGCCCAAAAUUCACCAAGUGUCUCCGCACUGUUCUGACAGAAUGAUUCUCGACACCAUUAUCUACGAUUCUUUUGAAAAUCUGUGUGACUGGCAUUCGAGAAUCUUCAUGGGACAAACGUUUAAUGUAGCGAUAAAAAAAAAAUUCUUUAAAAAUAUACAGGGUGUUCCAUUUAAAAAAAUAUAACUUUAUUCGAUAGCACUUCCGAGAUAGUAUAUAAAAAAGAAAAUGCCUGAAAAACUUUAUAUUAGUCCGUACAAAUUUUGUAAAUAACUUUUUCCCUAAAGGGUCAUGCAAAAAAGAUUUAACAUUGCAAACGAAAAUCAGCUUGACAUCAUACACGCCAUAGCUUUAAAAUAAAUCACUUUCGAAAACGAAAAUAUGUUUCGAUUCCUUCGUUUCGGAAAAAUUGUUAAUAAUCAUUCUCUCCAUAUUUUGAAUUCGAUAGUUCCAAUACUGCUUUAUUUUCAAACGUCUCUAUAGUGUAUCUUUGUUAAAAAAUUUAGGCUUAGAUUGCGACAAAUGCAACAUUUCUUGAGUGGCAGGAUUUUUUUGCCCUGUCCCCAAAAAUUAUUAAUAAUUUUUCAAAAUCACUGUUUUUGCGGAACGAAUGAUUGAGGCAUUAAACCAUAUUCAAAUUCAAUAUGCGACGCUCAAAAAAGACAUAUAUAAGUGAAGAUAAUGGAUUGGUUCACACAGGCAAAAUUUUUUAAUUGCUUAGUUUAUCACUAUCUUUUAUAAUACAAUCAUCUGAGUUAAGAUCGUUAUUUUCAGCAAAAUUAUUUUAUGGCAAAUUUGAUUAAUAUUUAUUUUUAUAAGCAUACAAGGUUUGUCGCAGAGUAACCAGAACAAAUAAAAAAUGAACAAACAUUUUUUGUUUCUGAAAAUCUUUCUCUACUUAUUCAAAGUAAUCUCCUUCAGAGUUAAUACAGCGAUUUUCACGGACCAAAAUAGGCACUUUGACGCUUGGUUUCAGGAUCGUAUUGAAAACACCACGUUUCUUCACCAGUCACAAUGUUGUACAGACAGUGUUUAUCUUUUUUGGCCUCUUUAAUGAUGCCUCGCGAAUGUUGAAUUCUAAGCAAUUUUUGGUCAUCCGUGAGCUUGUGCGGGUCAAACCGUGAAUACACCUUUCUCAUGCCCAAAUUCUCGGUCAAAAUGCGAUGGAUUGAAUCCCUAGAGAUAUUUAAUUCCAUUUCUUUGCAUCUCAAAUGAAGAUUUCACGUACUUUUUCGACGGCGUAAUCACAAAUUUUAGGUGGCCAACAUGUUCGCCGUCUUCCGAUAAUCCGAUAAUAGAUGGCGCUACUUGUAUCGGAUAUCUUUCAAAAGUCCUGUUUCCCUUGUAUAUGUUUAUACAUAUAUAUUUUAAAUAUUUAAAAUGCAUAUUGGAUUUGAAUAUAUGCUCGGUUGCCUGGAAAAUCAGGAUUUUCAUUUUACUGUUUCUCGUUCUGUCAUACGCUGAUUAUAAAUAACUAUACAAUAGAAAAUCCCAAAUAUCCGGCUUUUUUUAGACAGCCUGCAAAGCGAAACUUUUUGUUAAAUAAGCUACAUUGGUAUGGUUAAUUUUUUUUACAAAAAAUUAAGUACAAAUGCAGCUAAAUCUGACAAACUAAAAGAGUUGAUAAUUAUUAAUGCUCCGUUAAAGGCUACUAAAAAAUUCCGCAGAUUUUUGUUUCAAAAUAGAUCGAUGGAUAAAAAGUGAUGUGAGCGUGUAAUGAGAUAUAAAAAGAAAAUCCCGAUUUUUCGCUACUCUUCCAUUAUAAUUGUAAAAUAUUAUCGCAAAAAGUGCAAUGUCUUUUUUAUAAUUGUUCUUAGGCUUAUAGAUGUGCGUCGUCGUCGUGUCAAAAAUUGUGCAUAUUGUGACAAAAUGCGUGUGGACAGUUCUCACUUAGUGUGUACAUAUAGUAAUUCUAGCAGCGAAAAAUAAGCAUUAGUUUACAGCGACUUAAUUUUUCAAACAAAAAAAAUGAUGCAAAGACAUUAUUUAUUUUUUUUUCAUAUGCAUAGAUUUGUAAUGAAUAUGGAAAAUAAGAAAAAAAAAUGAAGAGUAGUUAUGGUUUUAUUUGCGGUAAUAUUUUACGCAAGGUGUACAUAGUUCUAUUUUAAAAUUAGGUCUCAUAUAUCGUUCAUUUCCCUAUAUGACUCUUCAAAGUUGUUAUGGAUCCUCAAAACUAUUUUCAUGGGAUGUAUUGCCCCUAUUUCAUUCCGAUGAAGAUCAUUGUCCAUUUUACAAUAUACCAUGCUAUGACAAAGAGUAGUUAUUGUCCACAGACUAAUCUAUUACUAUAACAUUUGCAAAGAAUUUAUGGCUAUUUUGACUGGACUAUUAGGUCAUUUAAACUUCGCGCUCGCUGUCUGCGGCUGACUGCUUCCGCCAUCUGGUCGGGUUUUUAUUCCCUAUCGACGAGUCAAGAAACAUUCCCGCGUUUUCGCGACCUUCCAUGGAAGUGGUCUAGAGGGCGGACUAUAAAUAAAUUAGAGAGAAAUAAGACAUGAAAACCUGUAAGUUAUUACAUAGCCAUUUCAAUUUUAGGGCGCUACACACAAUAGUACAAAAUCUAGUUUAGUAAUGGAAGGAAACGUUAGCUUGAAAUUCAAGUUGCCAGCUAUCUGGAUUCUAAACAUUUUAUGUCAGUUUGGCAACACCGCAUCGGUACAUUCAGUCAUCUAUGAGCGAAACGCGCGGAUCCUUGGCAGAACGAUCCGUGCAAACCUGUAAUAUUCCAAUAGCCGAUCACCUGGUUACAUCACCUACUGAUAUAUGCCAAGAACUAGUCAAAUUUCAUGUAUUUUGACACAAAUACGCCGAGAUUUUACUAGCUUUUAUCGCAUGUUUCUUUAUAUAACUACUCUUUGACCAUACUAGGAUCAUAUAUGACCAUAACGGGCAACGUCGACGCAACGCGGUACAAACGAGUUUAGACGUCACUUCACAGACGAACCAUCGAGGAAUAGAGGAACGAUCAGUUUUUGGUGGAGAAAUGAUAAAGUUCUUUUUGUUGAUACUCAUCCAAAGUAUGAUAGUAAUUAUCGUUCUUUUUACUGAUUACGUUGAUAUGUUGCUAUGUGUCGUGUCGGAUACGAUCCUAGUAGGGUAUAGUGGACGAAGGCCUUAGCUUUGAUCGUUACGUAUCUCGGCGCUACAGUCGUCAUUUCAUAUAUCGGGUGUCUCAAAUUUGACUAUCACCACUGGGAUCUAGGAACAGUACGGGAUAUGAAGCAGGUUAAAGCUUCUCAUUUAGGUGCAGAAAUGGUAUUUAUUUUAGAAGUUGGUAUUUUAGAUAGUUCCUCUUGGAAAUGGCAGCUUAUCGCGUGUCAUUGCCACCUUGCAGUGGAGAAAAAGCAGUAAAGUUAACAUUCAAUUAACUUUGAAAGUAAAUUCUAAGCGCCAUUUAAUUACUUGAAUGCACAACUUUGCCUCCAUUUAACCGACUUCAUAUCUCUUACCUGUUCUGAGAUCGCAUACCAAUGUCCUAUUUCAAAACUUCUUCACCCGUACUUGUGCUUUGAUACGAUUUUUGGGCAUUGAUCCUAUGAAAUAGAACGUUUUUUAUUUUUGAUAAUAUUAUCUUUUUCGUUGUACAAUGAAACUACCAAACGAUUAUGAGUUGAACGCCUGUUUUAUUUUUGGAAAUUCUCAAUAUAUUGGCUCAGGUUUUUUGUUCAACUCGGUUGUUGUUUCUAUUGGGAUUUCGGGGGAGAAUUUUCUCUCUAAUUCGCUAUUGUCUUUUCCUAACAGUACCGAUUGAAGCUAGAACAAAAUUUGAUUGGUUUAUAAAUUGUAUAGGUAAAUUGUAAAACUACUUGAAAGAAUAAAUAAAUAUUUUCCCC